CUGUCAUUUUUCAAAACUGUUCUUUAAACGGUAACGUCCUGUCGAUAAACGAAAACGUCCUUCUCUAUUAUAUUGCAAAUAAAAUUGUAACAAAUCUCUCAGUCGAAAUAUUUAAAUAAAAACCGAUCUCCGUAACUAUCUAACCAUAACUAUUAACUCCGGGAGAUAUUUAAUAAACAUGGAAGAAUAAAGGUUAAAGAUUUUUGGUAUUGUUUUUAUUAGCUAGCAUCUAUAAACUAAGAGGGAAUUAUGUCCAAUAAUGAUUGUUCAAGAAAAGAGGAUAAUUUUGAAUACACAUUGAAUGUUUGCAGCAAGUUUAAAGUUUCUAUUCAGAAGCCACUCAUACCAUUAAAAAUAAUACUCUUCUGUUACUAUGGAGCUGGUUCUUUUAUUACUGCUUUUAUUACAGUCUAUUUCAAACAACGCGGCGUUACCCUUGCUGAAUUGUCUACAACGUACAUGAUUAGUCCAGUUAUACAAAUUAGUGGAACAUUGCUCUCAGGAAUUAUAGCAGAUAAAAUAGGACGCUCGAAGCCCGUGCUAGUAGCUAAUUUAUUACUCACAGGUUUGAUGCUAGUUUGUAUUCUUUUAGUGCCACGACCCGGCUAUAUUAAUUGUAGCGAACAGACAAUAAGCAUCCAAUGUGAUUCUCCUUUAUUAAAUCCAAAAGUUUCAAGCAAAGAAUGUGAAGAACCACCAAUUGGAAUUAAUAUAUGUGAUGAACAAUGCAUAAAUAAUUUUACUAGAACUUGUGGAGCAAAAAGAACUCUGGGAAAAAGUGCAAAUUCAUCUUCAUUUUUAAAAUAUGAAAGAAAUGAAAUGACUGAAGUCCACAAUCUUUGCACAGCAACGAAUUUAACAAAAUGUAAAUGUAAUUCAUUAAAUGGCACGCUUUGUGUUGUAGAAUGCGUUACACAAACAAAUAAUUGUUAUGAUGAAGAUCAAAGAAGUAUGUUAAGCAAAGUUGCUAUGGUGCUAUAUAUUUUCUGGAUGACAGCCUUUUCGAACACUUAUCGUAUUUGCGACGUAACGGCUAUGUAUUUAGUAAAAGAAUAUGAUGCUGAUUUCGGUAAACAACGUGUUUUUUCUAUGACGGGGAGUGUGGUAAUUUCGACGAUAGCAGGAUAUUUGGUUAAAAUCACCACUCCAGCUGGAGGUGAAAAGAACUAUUUAAUUGCCUUUUAUUUUUUCAUUUCAUUAGUCACCUUCUGCAUUCUUGUGGUUUAUAAAUUAGAUGUCCGCGUCAGGCCACCUGGGCAGAAAAUGGGAAAAAAGGCAACAACACUGUUAAAAAAUCCAGAUGUUUUAGCAUUUGGUUUCGUAGUUCUCAUUCUAGGCUCUUCUUUUAACUUUUCAUCGAAAUUUUUAUUUUGGUACUUGGAAGAACUACAAGCACCUAGUAUCCUCGUAGGAUUAAUACCCGCCAUAGGAGCUUUAUAUGGUUUACCAUUUUUGUUCACAUCAGAAUGGUGGAUGAAAAAAAUUGGAACGACAAAGUUCUUCAUUAUAGGUCUUCUGGGUUAUGUAAUGUAUGGAAUUGGAUACUCACUUUUGAAAAAUCCGUGGCUAUCUCUUUUGCUAGAAUCCCAUAACAUAGUAACUUAUCAUCUUUUGUGGGUUGCGGUGAUCUUAAGAAGUCAUGAGAUAGCACCAGAAGGAUUGACAGCAACUGUAAUUUCUGCCGCUGGAUCCAUUCACUAUCAAAUAGGGAAAACAUCAGGUAGCUUAAUAGCACGUGUAGUAAUGAAUCGCUACGGUGGACCAAUUGCCUUCCAAGUUUUAGCUGCAAUGUGUUUCAUAUCCGCUGUUUUAUACUCUCUUUACCUCUACUUCAGACGAGGGUGCGUCAGCAAUCAGCAACUUUCCAAACAAAAUCGUACAGAAAUGGAUGAAAAACCCUGAAAGCGAUGCUAGUAGCUGAAAUUUAUCUCUGUAUGAACUACUGAAAGUUUUUCAACAUACAUCCGAAUUCAACCCCAAUUGUAAAGUAAGGAUAUAGUCAGUAACAUAUUCAUCAUCAUCAUCGUCAUCCAAGACACAACAGCUCGGAAUGGGGCCUGGGCUUCUCCAGAACAUCUCUCCUUACAGCUCUCUUUAUCACCAGAUUUUGCCAGCUCAAUACUCUAAUGUUUUGAAAACUGUAUUAAUGGAGUCCUGCCAUCAAAGUUUUGGACGUCCUCUAGCUCUAUUACCAUUGGUUUAAGUUUAAAAAUUUUAUGAGUUAGGGUAGUUGCAUCUAAACGAAAAAGUAUUUCCCGCAAAUAUUACUUUGCUUAGCUUUAAAAUUUUUAUUCUAUCCAUGUCCUUAUUGUUGUAAAGUUCUAUAUUUGUUUUUCUUUUGUAGAAAUUGAUCUCGGUCCUCGAUUAUCAAUCACAGUUGAUUUAAAUUGAUGAAACUUUACCACUGAAAAGUUUUUACGAAUAACUCAAGUUUCUAAAGUAAAACUUACAUUUUAAUUUAUUGCCAAUAAAAGAUAAUUUGAAAAUGGAAAUAUUUAUUACUAAUUAUUUGAUCCAUGGAAUUGAACAAAAAAAUAGAUUAAAAAUUAUUUAAUCCUUGUACCUCCAAGCUUUAGUAGUUUUUCGUAAAAGUUUUAUAUUGAAAAAUUUAUUUUUAUAGAAUAAAAGAAUAGGAUGUUUGA